UUCUUUAAAAACAGGAAGUACAACCCCACGGCUCUGCUCCAGGACAUCAUGACCCAACUUUUCCCCUCGCAGCUGGCUGAGAGGAAACAGGUCCAUGAUGCUGAGAUGGCUGAACUGUCCAAUCUCACUAAGGACAUCCCCAUAUUCGUUUGCACGGUGGCCUACCCUGGAGUGCCGUGCCCUCUGCACAUCUUUGAGCCUCGAUAUCGGCUGAUGAUGCGCCGCUGCAUGGAGACAGGCACUAAGAAGUUUGGCAUGUGCAGCUAUGAGCAUGGAAAGAGGUAUGGAAGUCAAUUUAAACAACCUGUUUACAUAAAAAUUGUAGAUUUUGGUUGAUAGAAUACACAAGAAUAUGGCCAGUCCUG